UGAACGUUCAGUUGACGUCAUUUUAACAAAAUUUAACAGCAAUAGAAAACAUUUAAUUGUAGUCGGAAGAAAACAUCAGCUUUUCUGUUUCUUCUUAAAAACUAAUACCAACCACUAUUUUCGUAAAAUGGCAUCGGCGCCUGAUACCAAAUCACAAGAAAGCGAAAGUUUAAGUGAAGCACCUGGUUUUGAAAAUGAGGUUUCAAAUGUGAUUAGCCCUGUAAAUUUACUACUAAUCGCGAUAAUAGGCUUUUUGCUAUAUAAAAUAUAUUGUAAAUUCACAAAGUCAUCCUCGGAUACUGUGUUGGUUGAAUUACCGAAACUUCGGAAAGACAUGACUGUGGCCGAACUUCGACACUAUGACGGUAACCAGCCUGAUGGCAGAGUUUUGGUUGCUGUUAACGGUUGGAUAUUCGACGUGACUCGAGGACGUCGAUUUUAUGGCCCCGGUGGCCCAUAUGCAGCUUUUGGUGGCAAAGAUGCUUCAAGAGGUCUUGCUACAUUUUCAGUCACAUCAUCUGAUAAGGAAUAUGAUGACUUGAGUGAUCUGAAUUCAAUGGAGAUGGAAUCUGUCAAAGAAUGGGAGGCACAGUUCAGAGGUAGGAUUAGCACUGCUAAACUAAGUAGUAGUGGUGGCUAUUUUAACAGCUACUCUGUUUCGCAUGGGUGAGGCUAGCAAGAGGCUAGGUGUGAGGUUUAUUUGUUGUUGUGCUGUGUGGCUAUAAAUUGAAGUUUUGCCUGCAUAAAAAAAGGUUACAUCAAAGUAUAAAAAAGUAUUUAUAAAUAAAUAUUUCUAACACUCACACCUAAUAGCCUAGCCCCAAAGUAAGCACUGCAAGGCUGCUGUUAUGGGAUACUAGGAUAACAAAUAGAUUUUAUAUACUGAUAGUUAUUGUUACAUGGCAGGUACUGAAAUUUUAUGCCUGUUCAUGCUUGGCAGUUUUUUAUUCACUAAAAAUUCACAUUGCGUGUUCUGGUGAAAUCUGUAUUCCAAUAAUUUCACGGUUUUGGUUUAAGGGCGUUUGUAACAGUAUAUUUAUCUAGAAAUAAUGUAACGUGUUAAAAACGUCACAUGAGUUUUUUUUGGUUGAGGAGAGAGAUAGAAGGCCUUUGUUUAGGUUGUCUCACUCGUUUUCCUUUAUAUUGUUUUUGUUAGUCCAUACAUUUUUUUUUAUUAUCUCUGGCUUAACAAGGUUUUAUCUAGACUGAUUCCUUUGCUUGCAUUUUGGAAGGAAUAAAAAAAAUAAAAUUUUAACGUCACACACAUAAUUAUUCCAUUUCAAGAUGUAAUCUUAUUAAAUAUAAAGAUAAACGUUAAAGUUUAUCAAUGAUUUUUAUGGUGUUUUUCGAAAUUCAAAAAAUGUUUUUUUUUAAAUAUUUUGGUAAUUAACAUGUACAUUUCGUUUUAGCAGAAGUAUGUCUCCUGCUAAAACGAAAUCUACAGUUUGCCUUGAUGAUGGCUGUCGGCCUGUUCAUUUAAUUUCUUUGAAAAUUGGUGAGAACCUUCAAACCAUUUCUUUUGUUUUGUGCUAUGUGCUAAUUUGCGGACUGUUUUUUUUCAGCCGUAGGCAUUUUUUUUUACUAUAGAAAAUUUUAUAUUGGACCAUGCAAUAACCCUUUGUCAUUACAAGAAAGCGAGGCCUCUACCUUUAUAUACCUUCAACUCAGAACAAAGAUGCAGCGGGGACAGUCUUCUCUUCUUCUUCUUCUUCUUGCUACGGGCGUUUCCGCAACUCGACGUCCUUAUGGCGCCUGUUUUGCGUGAGCAGGGUGUAUGGCCGGAAUCACUCCAGCCAGCCCAGCUCCGCCAGGAAGGCCCCCAGGGCCUUCACGUUGGUGACUGCCUCUUGAAGGUUUCCCGGUGAGCUGAGGUAUUUCGCCAUUCGGCAUUCGGCCACUCCGUUGCAUUCCAGCAGAACCUGAGUAGUUGUUUUUUCUGCUACUCCAUGCAUCCUCUGCAUAGGGGGCUGACCGUAACACCUAUGUUGAAAAGAUGUCUGUUAAAAUGUGCAUGUCUAGUAAUAGCACCUGUUAGCAUGCGCAAUGUGGGUUUGCUUAGCUGUAGGAGAGUUUUGGAGAAGGCAGCGUUCACCCGUGGCAAAGCGAGCUUGGUCUGCCUGCACAUCUCCAGAUCGAGCCAGUGUUGCUGGUGUAGUGCGGCUGUGUGCUCGCGGAUUUUAUCGACGAGACAGCUUACCGGUAUCGGGACGAUUGGUUCGGGACCUGUUGGGGUCGUAUCGGAUCCCUUCCGGGCCAGCUCAUCCGCAGCGUCGUUUCCGCGUGAUCCACUGUGUCCCUUGAUCCAUUGGAUGGUAAUAGAAUUGCUUGACCCUACCGUGUUUAAGGUUUGGUGGCAUUCUUGUAGUAAGCUCGAUUUGACUAAACAGGCAUCUAGAGCCUUUCUUGAAAGGAUCGCUCUUGCCGCCAGUGUGACAUUCAGCUUGGAAAACUGUGUUGUACGGGCUUAAGGGAAAAGCGAUGUGUAUAUUGAGGUCCUCAGAGAAAACACCCGCGCCCAUGCCCGAUGAGGUUUUAGAGCCGUCGGUGUAGAUCAUGAGAGCUUUGUGUGUUACCUUUGGAUCGUUGUCAUCCAGUAGAAGUAUUCUGUACUUUUUGUCAAAUAUGAAGGCGGGUAUUAUUUUGUCACAUGCCGCAUCUAUGAGCGGAGUGUUUACCCAUUCCUUCAGUAUACCGUUGAAAUGCCUUGCUCUUUCGAACCUUACCAGUCCAAACUUUUGUAGUCUCAACGCUGUUUUAGCCGCUUCCUGUCUUAUGUAGAUAUGGAGCGGUGUGAUGUUUAAAAUAACUUCCAGUGCUGCGGUUGGAGCCGUACUCAUGCACGCGGUCACCGCGCUGCAUAUCUGCCACUGAAAGCUUUGUAGUUUGUUGACACAGGUAGUCUGGAUAGAUUUCGGCCACCAUAUGAUGGCGCCAUAACUUACCAUUGGUCGUAUGACUGUGUAAUAUAACCAUAGGAACAGUUUUGGUGCAAGGCCCCAACGCUUCCCUAACAUUUGACGGUAUUGCCAAAGUGUUACGCUGGCUGUCUUGAUUUUGUGUUCCACAUGGUUACUCCAGUUAAUUUGCUGUCAAGUAUAAGGCCUAGAUACUUUACCUCCUUCGACAGUUGUAGUGUGGUACCAAACAGCUUCGGCAAGUUGAAAGCACCUACGUCACGUUUGGUUGUAAACAUUACCAGCUCUGUUUUAGUUGGAUUAACUGUGAGGUCGUAUUUCCUGCACCAGCAUUCAACCAGUUUCAAAGCACCUUGCAUGGUGUUACAGGUAAUGCUGGCGUGGGUGCCUAGGGUAAGUAUAGUAAUGUCAUCUGCAUACCCUAUGGUGUAGUGGUGGUUCGAGUUUAGCUUGGUCAGCAGGUUGUCAACUACGAGGAGUACUGUGUCGAGGUUACACAGAAGUGGCGAAAGGACCCUUCCUUGCGGACAUCCUCGUGCCACCAGUGCUCCUCUGCUGUCCUCACCUUUUACCCGAACUAUUCUAUUGCGAAGCAUGUUAACUGUCUAGUCAAUGAUUUGUUGCUCCACUCCGUGUCUUCUGAGAGCAGACUCAAUGCUGGUGAAGUUGGUCUUAUCGAAAGCACCCUCUAUAUCGAUGAAGGUUCCGAGGCAGAUAAGUUUAUUUCGAAGGGCUUCUUCUCUCUUACCGACUAACUGAUGGGGAGUCGAUUCAGUAGAUUUACCUGAACUGUAGGCAUGUUGGUGCUUAUGAAGUGGGGCAUUGAUUAAUGCUCCACUGCGUAGGUAUCUGUCGCAUAGCCUUUCCAUUGUCUUAAGUAAGAAGGUUGUUAGGCUAAUGGGCCUGAAGGAUUUUGGGUUAGUAUAGUCGGUUUUACCCGGUUUGGGUAUGAAUACUACAGUUUGUCUAUAAAGUCGUGACAUGAAUGUUUGAGGAACUAACAUUAUUCAUGUGUCUGGCAACACCAAACUUAUGUACAUCAGCUGUCAUCGAGUUUGAGUUGUGGAACAGUUUUCCUUUUGUAUUUUUUAUUGUUUUGAUUAAACUGUAAUAAAUUACGACGAAACAACGCAGAAAGGUAUAAAAAUGAGUGAAGUAAAUUGGAGUGGCACGCGAGAAGUGAUUUUUAAAGUUUUCCAGCGAUGUUUCGCGGAGUACUAAGCUGGACGAAUUUUGUGGGAUUUGGUUGAUGUUUAUGGGCGAACAGCACCUAUGACGGGUAAGUAAUCGUGUUACUAUUUGUUUGUAAUUUGCCUGAAGUAACAAAUUUACUCAAUUUACGAUUUUGAGACCAAAACAGGCAUUGUUUACAUUGCACAUUUUUAGGUUAGAUUGACAUUGUAAGUAGGUAAUUUUGUAGUACGACUAUUUCUUUUGAUACGUUGGGAUGGUACAACUCAGUCAGGUUUUCUACCAAUUUUGAAUUAAUUGCUUCAUGUCAAUAAGUUAUUGUUUCUAUUCCAUUACAUAUUGUUUAACUUUUUUUUUCAGGAAAAUUCUGAUUUUCCAGAAUAUAGAGUACAGUUUGGCGGAUAGUCAACAAAGGUUUUGAGAAUGAUGGAAAGUUUGAAACUCCUGGGAAACAAAGGCAAGGCCGACCAAAGAAAGAAAUUAACGAUUUAUUUUCCCACCAGGUCACAGAGAACCAUGGCCAGAUGCCAGCUGCUUUUAGUGAAGAUACCUAUCACUAAUUUUACUAACUACAUAUUUACAAAUUGUUUCUCUAAAUAAACUUUUUAUCUACUAUAAAAUGAUUUUUAAUAUUAUUUUCUUAACAAGUGUGAUAAAAAACGUCGUAUGAUACACGUGUGUAAUGAUGAUUACCAACCUCGGCCCUCUUAAGACACUCACCUAACGGUUGGUCUCAAUGUCGCCUCAGCGGUAAUCACCAACAUUACACACUUGUACACAAUAAUGUACUAUUUUAUCUAUAAUAAUUUUAUUCUGAUUCAAUUAAAUAUGCUUGGUAAAACUUUUUAUAAGCAUAGGUACCUACUGUAUAUAAAACAGAAACAAAAUAUGACUGUAUAGUGUGUCUUAAUUAUUUUUUUUACUUGAAUGAACUGCUAGUAUCAAAAUCAUUUUGGUCAGACUGUAUAGGGUUGCUACUUGCAUACUGAAGCGCCAUCAUUUAAUGUCACGACUUUAUAGACAAAGUGUACCUUGACCUCCCUCCACAGAUGUGGAGUGUACCGAUGAGCCAGUCAUGAUCUUAAUAUGCGAGUAGCCGCAUCGACCACGUCCUGUCCGCCCCAUUGUAGUAGUGCUGGAAAGAUGCCGUUAGAGCCAGCAGACUUGAAAGGAGCAAAGUAGUUGAUAGCCCACUUUACUCCCUCAGCCGUAGUUACCGUCUCUGCUAGUCUCCAGCAUCCUUCUGUUGUACUUGGAGGUGCAUCUUACCAAGUCACCUGCUUUGUAAACUGGCAGUCCGGAAAAUGGGUUUCCAGGAGGAUAGCGUCGCAGUGAGCCCGAUUAUGGGACAAUGUGCAGUCAGGUCGACGCAGGCUUCCCAGCACGCCAGGGCCUUGCUUGGCCAGUAAUUUCCUUACCCGGUUUGCCUGAUUGGUGGAGCUUAUCUCCUCGGUGCAGUUCCUCCAGGAGGCUGUUCUCCAGUAUCUGAUACGUUUCUUGUACUAAGCUUUAAUAGCAUGUAAUCAUUGCUCUGUCAAGGCACUUCUUCACCUUUCCUCUCAAUCUCUCGAGCUCCGGCCCCCACCAGUGGUGUUUUCCGGAUACUCUCGAGUUCGGGAGUUUAAGGGGGCAGGCCUCUUCGUAGCAACGCGUUAUGCUGUCUGUCAAGUGUUUUACCUGUUGUUCUAGCUGCUCCGUGGUUUCAAUUCUGCCCUUACCGGAGUUGUUUCUUAGAAGGUCCGCCAGUAGUUGUGCGUAGCGGUGUUUAUCGAUUUUCCGGGGAUACCUUUGGGGUGUAGGAGAUAGAGUUUCUACCUGUAGUGUAAAGCGGAUCCAGCGGUGAUCCGAGCAUGAUGUCUCAUCGGAGACAUGCCAGCCAGAUAUGGCCGUUGCCGCUUUUGGUGUCGCGAGGGUCAGGUCUAUGAUGGUCUUGCACCGUCUGCCUACGAAGGUAGGUUCGUUGCCUGUGUUGAUUAACUAGGUUAGUGGUCAGGAGGAAUUCAAAUAAUUGGUUACCUCUGCUGUUGCUUUGUUCCAUUCCCCACACAGGAUGAUGGGCAUUGGAGUCUGUCGCGAUGAUCAGUUCUACGUUUUUCCGAGCACAGAAGCGGACCAGAGACGCAACGUUUUCUGGUGGGGCCCGCUCGCUGUCAGGCAUAUAUGCAGAAGCUAUGAUCAGGUCACAAUUGUUAUUAUCUUGGUUUAGGGUCACUUUAACAGCGCAGAGAUCUCUGGAACAGAAAUUCAUUAAAGGCUGUGUUCUGAUGUUUUUGGAAAUGUAUAUACAGGACCUUACGUCGCUAGUAGUGGCUUGAACGAGCUUACCUCCUAAGCUGGAGAGUCCUCGCACCGUGCCACUCCUAAUCCACAGCUCCUGGAUUAGUGCGACUGCUGUGUUGUUGGUUUCCAACCACCGCCGAAGCUGAGCCGUAUCGGUUACGCUGUGGUGGAGAUUUAUUUGCAGUAUUUUUGCACUACUGCAGAGGGACGCGAUCGUCCUGGCAGACGACGUCCUCAUGCCACAGCCCGUCGAGCUCCAGGAGACAGUCCUCACUAAGCGGCGAGGACGCCACCUGCGAGGGUCCCGGAACUUCGACAGUCGGUGACGAGGCACGUGGAACGGCGGUGUCCGUGGGGCCAGCGCUGGAUGUAGAUGGUGUUGGAGGCGCUGGUGUAACGUUCGCUGUAGUUUGAGCCCCGAGUGGUGCUGUGGGGUCAGACGUCGGCGGAGUGUCGACGUACUUCCCCUUGGCGUCCCUAAACUUCAGGUACACCGACCCAAACAGAAAGCUGAGUCGGCGUCCCCUAGCCAGGAUCGCAAGCACAAUGUCCUCAGGGAUCGAAACCACAACGAAUGUAGCCCCGAUGGUAGGCUGCUGUUGGAGGCCGCUAAGCAGCCAACGUUCGGGUUUCAGCUCCGGAUUUCCGAUCUGUAGGCAUUUGCCUAACAACGCCUGAUCGUGCUUCCAGAGCUUGGGCAGCACAAAACCACACCUGACUCUCUUGGGGAUCUCGUCGUCCCGGAGGACAACAAGCUCUCCCAGUUCCGAGUCGUGGCGGUCUCGUACCACCUGUCGAAACCAAUCAAACGUUGCACGGCGCACCUGAUGAGAGCCGAGGAGGCCGCUGCAGCCGCGUAGGAUUUCGGGGCGGUCUCGGUCGCCGUCGUCUUAGGCCGUUUGGAUUCGCCUCGAGGAGACACUGUCUCAACGAGCCUAGCCCGCUUGGCCCCAGACUUCGUCUUCGCGGGUCCUUUCCCCUUCGGCUUUGGGCGGUCCAGCUUCCGACUCGGGCCCGGCGUCACCUAGGGUUGCUUGGGCAGCUGGCUGCCUUUCGCUCCCCCUGGCGUCCCAGAGCCCUUGUCUUCCGACUGAACUGCCGUCUUUUUCCUGGCCACGACCGUCCAGUUCUGCUCUAGCAGAUGUAGGGUGUCCUCAAUCUGAGGUGUGGUGGUGCUUUCCUCAAGCAGGCAUUCCGAUUUUUCGGUCUGCAUGCGAGUAGCAGUACCCUCUGGUUUCCCAUCGGGUGUUGGCGGAACUUUGAACCUGUUGGUGUCCAUUGUUCGUGUUUGUUAAAUUCAUCCAGUCAGCUUCCCAGCCUCCUUGGAGCCCGCACAUUUGGGAGUGCCCAUAGUAGUGCACUAGGACUACCAACUGGAUAUAGGAGCAGAGAGUUGGUGUCAGGUACGACAUCGGAAGCUCGAAGUGUGUGGCUGGGUUACCGGUUCAGAGUACCCCAGUUGUUCCACACACUCUUGCCUCGUCAGCUUGACCCUAACCAUCCAGAGCGGCAAGCCGCCCUGGACCCCCACUCCUCGCUGCGGCCCUCUGACGGAACGCGUGACCGUUUCCUCUCUGGCGCUACCCAAAGAGGUUUCGGUUGAAAUCCGGACCAAAGAGGGCGUGUUGUGUCGCGAAGGUACUACCGCCGACCUCGCUUCACUCAACCCUCCAGGACUCCUUCAUCCCCCCUUACGGCGCUCAACUGCGCAGGCCAUAGCGCAGGAGAGGCUAAUAGUCUACCGGGCCGCCUCCCAUUUCCCCGGUAGAGCCGAAGGCCUUUGUUAGGAUCGGCCUUAAGGAGUGACAGGAUUCAGGAUGAGGGAGGAGUUAAACGAUUAAUUGGAGUUGGAAAGAAGGGAAUACGGGUCGCAGGAAGUGUCUCUCAUGAUGUUGGAGUGCAUCAAUGGGAUAGCAUCACUAAAUUCAGCUACGAGGAUCCCAGGGUAGGUGUUAGUGUACGUUGCCUGUUAGCAGAUCCAAGUAUUACCGAGGUGAACGGCGUGGACGUAAGAGUGACACUUGACGGUAGACGUGAAUUGCCCAACAACGUACACUUGGGCUCACAUUAGCCGCCCCUCCCCCCUAAAGCGGGGACAGUAAGCACAUGUAAAUUAAUUAUAACAAGGCAUUUAUCCGGUAAGAAUUUAUUUAAUUUUAUAAGAGUGGAAUAAUUUUCUUCCACUAUGUCAAAUUCUAGUAAAAAUUAUAAAUAUAAGAUGAUAAAUGGACCUAACUUCUAAAUUCAUGAAAAUUCAUUGGCAAAUAGUUAGAAUUUCAAUAUACAGACAACCCAAAGUGAGUUUGGAUUUUGCUUCAACCCUUCUUGCGAUUAAUAGUUCAAUGCCCUACCGGCGAGUCUAUUGAGGUAGGUCUCGAGACCGAGUACUUUUUAAAUUAUUUCGACCUAUCUAUAUUUCUUUAAAACACAAUUUGUGUAAAUCCCACUCAAAUAUUUUUUUUUAUUUUUCAAUAUAAAAAACAUAUUAAACGUCAUGACUUAGGUACAAAUGCUUGUAUUCAUCAUACAAUCAUUUGCCCGAUGGGGAUUUAAACCUGGAACCCCUGAGUAGGUGACACUUUGCAACCUGGCGUCUAACCACUCGCGCCACGGAGGUUGUAAAAUAUGGACGACACAAGGACAGUCAUAGAAAAUUAUAAAUAGGUGGACAAAAUUUUAAAAAGGUCCAAGACAUAAUGCAUCUAAACUAUGAAGAUUAUUAAAGCAUUCUUUGAGAAUGAUUAAGACCAAACAUUGGAUAGUAUGUUAUUUGUUUUUCCCAAAAUCAGAUAUAAAAAUGUCUGAUAUUAUUUCCUAUAGCUUUUCUUAUCAGAAUUUGUCAAUUAUUAUGUUACAUAAGAUUAGAUUAUACUUAGACUAAAUAUUUAUCUCUUUAUAAAUCAUUAUUUGUAAAUGGGAGUGUGUUCUCAGUCUCAUAGUAAUUACCCUUGUCCUACUUUUGGAUGUAUCAUAAGAUAGAAAGAAGUUGUAUUUAUAACACUUUGCUGUCCCACAACAUGAGGCAGUAUAAAUGUACAUCAGUAUAAACAUCACUCUCUUUGCUACUGGUGAAUCAGACGUAACGCCAGCAUAUAAGGUCAAGGUUUUUACCUAGAACAAUAAGUGAGAGGUGGAAUGCAAAUUGUCUUAAACAGCUUCUAAAUUUACACAAAAAAAUUUAAGGGAACUUUCUAUAUACAUAAAAAAAUUUGCUUAUCCAUAUUGAACGGUUAUUAAAAAAAGCAGCAUUUCUUAUUUCAAAUAGAAUUAUGGUGAACGGAAUGGGAAUGUGGUGGGUGCAGCUUGCUAUCUCCCUCGCAAUUAUGACGCUUAAAACGAUAAGUCACACGCAGUUCCAUAGUGCAGACUCUUUUUCGUUUUUGUUGACCUUGCCCUUCCCAAAAUGCAAUUAUGUUAUGUAAGGUAUGGACUUCAUGGUUAUUUUUUUUAAGACCGUUCCGACAAAUGACUCCACCCCACCUGAUGUUAAGUGAAGGUGAAGCCCAGACGCGAAAAUAGCUGAUACAGCAGUUCUACUUGCCACACCAGCCAUCCUCACCCUGCCAGCUUGCAUGUUGCUUCUUCACGUCUCUUUUAAAGGAUCCCAGUUUGUAAGAGGG